GAACGUAUAUUGGUUUACAAUGUGCAGCACAGACUCCCUGCAGAAAAGGUUUCCGUUGCAUUCUGGCAGACAGGCUGUGCCCUGCAGUCCUGAGUCCUCUGCCAUCUGUUCCUGCUACAUUGCCAUCACCAGAGAAGCAAAAACACRACAUUCAUCAGACAGUCAGCUUGUGGCUGCUUGGAUUAGAAACAAGUGACCAAUAAUGGGUGGAAAACAAAAGCAGUGCUGGAUCUGAACAUGACAGUUUGAGGACCUGCACUUGUUAAUAGGGGGCCUGGUAGACUCACCUGAUGGAACWGGACGGUCUGCAGAGAGAAGGGAGGAGAACAGCAGGACAGAUAGGARGGUGAAAGCGCCAGGACAAGGACAAAAUCGAUUUUUUAUUUCUUUUCCACAGGACAGMAAAUGAACAUGUUGCUGAAGGUAGCAUUUGGGAAAGGACGUCUCGCCUCCAAACAGCUUUCGUUCACCUUUCCACAGACAGAUCCUGAGAGGAAAGGCAGCUGGUCUGCUGGAGGGAAGAGGAAGAUGUUCUCUUUUUCUCUCAGAUGUCAACUGGGCAUCAUCAGAGGGAGAACCAAAGAUGAAGGGCCGUACUCAAAGGGGAGCAAAGAAGCAACUGACCAAUCACAUCCGUCCCGUGGAUGCAGCCUUUCAGCAGAGGAGUACCGAGGAGUGACCACGGUGGAGCUGAUGAAAAGAGAAGGCAGCAGCCUUGGCCUCACCAUCUCCGGAGGCUCUGAYAAGGAUGGCAAGCCCAGAGUGUCAAACCUGCGUCCAGGUGGGCUCGCUGCCAGGAGUGACCAGCUGAAUAUGGGAGACUACAUCAAGUCAGUAAAUGGCAUCAACCUGUCAAAGCUCCGGCAUGAUGAGAUCAUUAGCCUACUGAAGAACAUCGGCGAGCGAGUGGUGUUGGAAGUGGAGUAUGAGCUGCCAUCAUUUGUCCAGAACCCAUCAGGAGUCCUAACCAAAACCAUAGAGGUGCUGUUACACAAGGAAGGAAACAGUUUUGGCUUUGUCAUGAGAGGGGGUUUCCAUGAAGACUGGAGGAGGUCCCGCCCUCUGGUGGUCACCAGCGUAAGGCCUGGGGGUCCAGCUGACAGAGAGGGCACUCUGAAGGCCGGAGACCGAGUUUUGAGCAUAGACGGGAUGCCUCUGAACAGAGAGAGGCAUGCUGACGCUUUGACCAUGCUGAUGCAGAGCAGCCAGGAAGCUCUGUUCCUGAUCGAGUAUGACGUUUCUGUCAUGGAGGCAGUGCAGCAGGCCUCAGGCCCUCUGCUGGUGGAGAUACUGAAAGGCCCUUCAGCCAGCCUGGGCAUCGGCCUCACAACAACAUUAUACAGGAGCAAACAAGUUAUUAUUAUCGACAAGAUAAAGUCUGCGAGCGUGGCGGAAAGGUGCGGCGCUCUGCAUGUCGGGGACAUUCUGCUGUCCAUAGAUGGGACCAGCACCGAGCACUGCUCCCUGAUGGAGGCCACACAGCUACUAGCCAGCACCUCAGAAAUCCUUAAGCUCGAGAUUCUUCCAGCCAGUCAGAGCAGACUUCCCAUCCGACCACAGGAAACAGUUAAAGUGCAGAAAAGCAACCACAAUCCCUGGGACCAAAGCAGCAACUACUGCAACCCCCCACACGCCAGCCACAGCAAGACGUGGAGCAGCCCAAGCCACCCACACAACCAGCAGGACCUCUGCAAAUCUCUGGUGGGUGGGGGCUUUUCUCCCUCCUCCACAGCCACAUCGGGCUUCAGCAGCCAAGGCAGCAACACGCUGCCCUGCCCUGCAGCUCCUGUCGCUCCCGUCAGCCCUCGUGGCUCCACCGGCAAGAGGAGGAACAGGAAGAAGGACCACAAGAGUUCAUUGUCCCUGUCGUCCAGUUCUGUGGGCCCAGGGGGGCAGGUUUUUCACGUGGAAACUAGUGAAGUUGUCCUGAGGGGCGAUCCACUCACAGGUUUUGGGAUCCAGCUGCAGGGGGGUGUCUUUGCCACAGAAACGCUGUCUGCUCCCCCGGUCAUCCGCUUUAUUGAGCCAGACAGCCCAGCUGAGAGAUGUGGUUUGCUGCAAGUUGGAGACAGGGUGCUGUCCAUCAAUGGCAUCCCGACUGAAGAAGGCACUUUGGAAGAAGCUCACCAGCUGCUUAGAGACUCUGCUCUGGCUAACAAAGUAACCGUGGAGGUUGAGUUUGAUGUAGCAGAGUCUGUGGUUCCGAGCAGUGGCACCUUCCAUGUUAAGCUCCCCAAGCGGAGAGGAGUGGAGCUGGGCAUCACCAUCAGUGCAAGUAAGAAACCUGGCAAGCCCCUGAUCAUCUCUGACAUCAGAAAAGGAAGCAUUGCACACAGAACAGGCACUCUGGAGCCCGGAGACCGUUUGCUGGCCAUCGACUCGGUGCGUCUGGAAAACUGCACCAUGGAGGACGCCAUGCACGUCCUGCAUCAGGCCGAGGACAUGGUCAAGCUGCGCAUCCAGAAGGACGAGGACAACAUUGAUGAGUUGGAGAUGUCAGGCUGCAUUAUCUACACAGUUGAGCUGAAGAGGUACAACGGACCUCUGGGCAUCACAAUUUCUGGCACAGAAGAGCCUUUUGACCCCAUCGUCAUUUCUGGCCUUACCAAGAAAGGUCUGGCUGAGAGGACCGGGGCCAUCCAUAUAGGAGAUCGAGUCUUGGCCAUUAACGGGGUCAGCCUUAAAGGAAAGCCGCUGAGCGAGGCUAUACACCUGCUACAGAUGGCCGGGGAAUCCGUCACCCUCAAGAUCAAGAAACAAGCUGACAAUUCGGAGUUCCGGCGGCCUCCUGACAGAGAAGCCGGGUUUUUAAGUGAUCCUGAGGAUGAACUAACAGAAUCUCAGAAAACCAAUAAACACUCUGAGGUCUACUCAGCCACUGUGCCCAGCAUAGACUCGGCCAUGAGCUCCUGGGAUAGCUCAGGGUUUGAUGCAGGCUACAUUAGCCAAGGAACCUAUCUGCACAAAACUUCUGAUUUGCUGCUAAAUCCACCUGAGUGGAGGCGUCCGAAGCACAAGAGCCACACCACCUCUGGCUCCACAGGUCUGUCCCAUCAAACAGCGCUGUAUGAUGGGAGGAUUACUGAGGAUGAGUGGGACAAAAUACCUGGAUUCGUCAGCCCCCCUCAUUGCCAUGGGACCUUGAACAAGGACGACAGCUUCUGGUCCCAGGCCCUGCAGGACCUCGAGACCUGCGGCCAGUCGGAGAUUCUCAGGGAGUUGGAGGCAUCCAUGACAGGAAGUACUCUUAGUCUGUACCUGGAGGAGACAAAGGCCAGUGAGGAUUCAUUGUUUCACUCUGAAAUAAGUCCCAUAAAGCGAGAGCAAAGUCACAGUGAAACUAAAAACAAAAGCUUGAACUUUUCAACUGGAGCCAGAGAUGGAUUGUCCAGGACCAAAGGGAACCCCACUGACAUGCUGUCGCCUUCUGGAUUAGCUCUUCUCAAGGUCUCUAUAAGGAAGGAUCUUGAGAGUCAUGACUUUGGCUUCAGUGUAUCAGACGGACUCUUGGAGAAAGGAGUUUAUGUGAACAUGAUCAGACGUGACGGCCCAGCUGACCAGGCUGGGUUAAAACCUUUAGAUCGGAUCCUUCAGGUGAACCGAGUGAGGACGAGGGACUUGGACUGUUGUCUAACUGUGCCUCUCAUUACGGAGGCCGGAGACUGCCUGGAUCUGGUCAUUAGCAGGAAUCCGCUGGCAGCCGCAGACGUGGAGCUGCCCAGCGACUGUGACGAGACUUCAAACUCACUGCUCUGCUUUGCCAACUACAGGACCAACAGCAUCGCUCUGUGAGCACAAAGGAGGCCGUGGAACACAGCAGCACCGGGACCACACACACACACACACACACACACACACACACAUUACACAAGGUCUGAAAGCUACAAUGUGACAAAUUUAACCAAGAAAACAUCCCUCACGUCUAAAAUUAUAAAUGCUUUUGUUCACAAUUGACACUUUUAAUCACAAAGAUGCAGUUUUUUUUUUUUCAGAAAAUUUUGGCUUCUUUCCUUUUUCUUUCCUCAAUCUCCAACAUGUGAGGUUAUAUAAUCGGAGCUUCUGAUGGGGCCAAGAUGUCGACAUUCAUGUUCACAUUCAUAGUUUUAAGCUUUAUGUUCUCGUUGUACACAUUUCUUUGACUUUUAUUUAUUUAUUUUAUUUAUUUUAUGCACAAAUGGCUUUGUGUUCAUGUCAAAGCACUCACACAGACCUGCGGGUCUCAAGGUUUGCGGGGUCGUUGCACUUAUUUGAGUUAUUUCGGCCACCAGUUGGCUCACUGCCUUCGUUUCCAGUCUCUACCCAGCACUGCUCGCCCUAAAGAGGGGACCGGGCCUCCAAAUAGACAGAAAGCUCUUUGAGACUCACUAGCUAUCAACAACUAUAUUUUAAAGCCUGUUCUAUCUGAGCACCACAAAUGCACGAGGUCACCCUAACAUUUUCUGUUUACAAAUGUCCUUGAUUUAAAUUUUUUUAAUUAUGACACUGAUUCACAUUUACAAAAAGUUGGUUUUCAAGGUUACAAUUUGCACGUUUCUGGACACGAAUCACUUUUUAUUCUUCAUGUCCUAAAAGGUGAAAUCUUCAUUUCACAGAUGUUUCUGCAUGAGCUGCUUUUUGCUCACGUGUUCACUAAUAUCUGCCGCAGAGGCUUUUCUGGGGAUGAUUAUUUUCUAUACCACCGAGUUAUUUUUUUAUUUGAUUUAAUUUUUUUUAAGGAAAUGUGACUUGACCUGGAAACAAAUGUUGUAUUUCCCGUGUUGGCUGUCAGCUGUUUGUUGAAUCGUCCUGUUUGUAGCAGCCUUGGAGGGUAAUUUAUUGUUGGGACCUGUCUUUGAUUAAAUGUCAUCAUAUAUUAAAAAUGCCUAUUUUUAAGGUUUUCUGUUGAUUUUCUGUGUUGCACCUUUUAAUUUAUUGCUAAAAUUAUCUUUAUGUGCAGUGUUUUUUAUUUUUCUGUUCAGGUACACAGGAUUCAGUUUCUUUGUACAAACUGUAGGAGUGAAUGUGGUUGUAAGUUGUAUUUUUUAAAACUUGUUUUCACAUUUUGCCUCACAGUAUGUUAUCAGGUUGAAAGAACAUUAUUAUUAUUAUUAUUAUUAUUAUUAUUAUUUGCUUUUUUCCAUCCUUUUUGAACUUUAAAUAAAGGUAGACCAUAUUUUAGCCAUUUGUGCAGUUUAGUUGAGCUCAGCAUGUUGAAUUUUCUCACAAGGUUUAAUAAACCAACACUUACUGUGGAAAAUAAAAAUCUACACACCAAUAUUAAAAUGCCAGGUUUCUAUAAUAUAUAAAGUCAAACCAA